AUGGCAGCUCCGGAUCAUCCAGAAGGCGCCCAGGGAGGCCAGCAGAGCAUGCUGGCGAGCCAACGCGCAAAAGAGCAGGGAGAAGCACAAGGCCGCUUCUCCAAAUGGUUCCCGCUAUCAGCAAAGGCAGGCUUCGAGCAGUGGUGGGCUGGCCUUUCCCCUAUGGCAACCGAACACCGCGUCCUCUCCUUUGUCCCUCACCUCCAGAGCCCACCGACACACACGCAAACAGGCGCCGCCUCAGGCUCUGCAGUACCUUCAUCCACCGACCUGCAUGCGCCACCGAAACACUCCGAAGACCACACCACAACCACUACGGCUAACGACCCCUAUGGCCCACGACGAUGGAACUCGCAAAUGGUUGAGCUGAGUGGCAAGGAUCGCGCACUCAAUGAGUUUUCUGUCGAGCGCCUGGGCGAGGAGGUGGAGAACAAUCUGGUCAUGUUGCAUGGCUACGGUGCCGGGCUGGGUUUCUUUUACCGCAACUUUGAGUCGAUAUCGCGUGCCGAGGGCUGGAAGGUUUAUGCCCUGGAUCUGCUAGGCAUGGGACGAAGUAGCCGGCCACCAUUCAAGAUUCACGCCAAAGAUAAGGAGGGCAAGAUUGCAGAAACCGAGUCGUGGUUCGUGGAUGCACUCGAGGAGUGGAGGAUCAAGAGGGGGUUGGAGCGCUUCACACUGCUGGGCCAUAGUCUGGGUGGAUACCUGGCUGUGGCCUACGCAUUGAAGUAUCCGGGUCAUCUGAACAAGUUGAUCCUGGCUUCUCCUGUGGGCAUACCAGAAGACCCUUAUGCAGUCGAUGACGAGAUGCCUGGACCCCAGGAUUCGACCAUGGCAAACGAAUUUACCCAGGACGCUGCCGAGACGAACCAAAGCGGGGUACAAGCGUCAACGGCGGAUAAAAACAAUUUCAUGAACCAGCAAAAGGGUAAAGCUCCAGCAAAAGACGGCAAGGAGCCACCCAGACGUCGAUUACCAUGGUGGUUGUAUUCACUCUGGGAAGCCAAUAUGGUUUCCCCCUUUACCUUUGUCCGCUGGUCAGGGCCUCUUGGCCCACGCCUUGUGUCGGGAUGGACAUCACGCCGGUUCUCGCAUCUGCCCGAAGAAGAAGCGCAGGCACUGCACGACUACAGCUAUGCUCUGUUCCGCCAGCGCGGUAGUUCAGAGUAUGCGCUGUCAUACCUCCUAGCCCCCGGUGCAUUUGCCCGAAGCCCUAUGAUUCGGAGGAUACAGGGCGUAGGGCGGCAGUGGAUACAAGCACAUGACACGCCUUCUGUGGAUGGCGAUGCCCCACCAAACCAAUCUGCAAGCUCUGAACCGGCCGCGCAGCGCGAGAAGGGUUUCCCUGUCAUCUUCAUGUACGGAGAGAAUGACUGGAUGGAUGUUGCGGGCGGGUUCGCUGCGGAGGAGAAGAUGAAGCAGGAGCGUGAACGCAUACUAGCAAAGGCAUCGCCCGAGGAGAAGAAGCAAGAUCACGGCAUUGCCAAGGUUAUCAUCAUCAACAAGGCCGGGCACCAUGUGUACCUGGACGGGUGGGAGCAGUUCAACCGGGUGAUGCUAGAGGAGAUGGAGGAAGUCAGGCGGAGAGAACAGGAACGAAGACGCGGAUAG